AUGUCUCAUCACCAUUCGUCUUCCUCCUCUUGCUGUAACAGUUGGGGGCAACCAAGUUACGGUGGGUCUUAUAUUCGUGGUUCCAAGGGUAUGGGUUUAAUCCCCAUUUGCAAAUGUGGAGAAGUUGCAAUGCUUCGAGUGGCAAGAACUUUGAAGAAUAAUGGCAGACAAUUUUGGGGUUGUUCUAAGUUCAAGAGUGCUACUUGUAGUGAUAAUGUGUGGUGUAACUACUUCAAGUGGUAUGAUGAAGAAUUUUGUGAUGGAAGAGAUGGUAUUAUAGCCCAGCAAAGGAUGGAGAUUUCUGAACUGGAGAUUUCUGUGAGGGCUAUGAAGAAAACGAAUCAAUUUUUGUUACGAUUAGUUAUUGUUGUUGUUGUAAUCUUUGUAGUCAUGCUGCCAAUAAUGUUUAAGAUUCAAUGUCUGUAG